AUGUCUGAAACCGGCUUGCCUGCAGACUGGGAAGUCCGCCAUUCCAACUCGAAGAACCUUCCUUACUACUUCAACUCCAAAACUCACGAGUCAAGAUGGGAACCGCCGGAAGGAGCAGACACAGAGAAACUCAAGAUCUACAUGGCCCAACAUCACAGCUCGGCGAACACCCGCAUUGACGGCACAGGGGCCGAGGGUAAGAUCCGUGCCGCGCAUCUGCUCGUCAAACACAAAGACAGUCGUCGACCGUCGAGCUGGAAGGAACCCAACAUUACCCGCAGCAAGGAGGAGGCUAUAGAGCUAUUGAAGGGUUAUGAGGAACAAAUCCGAUCUGGUCAGACACAGUUGGGCGAUCUUGCCGUCUCCGAAUCCGACUGCAGCAGUGCCCGAAAGCGAGGAGACCUGGGAUUUUUCGGCAAAGGUCAGAUGCAGAAGGAGUUCGAGGACGCCGCCUUUGCUCUACAGCCUGGUGAGAUGAGCGGCAUUGUUGAGACUGCCUCUGGCGUGCAUCUCAUCCAACGGUAG